UCUCUAAAAAUCUAAUUUUUAAGCUGGGAAAAAAAACGAAGAAGUCAAGUGAAGCGCCGGAAAAGAAGAAAGAAAAGGAAAGAAUCAUUCGAUUAAGAAAUGGCGUGCAGAAAUAUUGUGUUUCGUUCCGUUCUGUUAACGGAGCCGUGGCGACCCCUUCAUCUCAGUCGGACCUCCUUUUGCUCUUUCAGGAUUCGUGGGUCUACUCCUCCUUCAAGGCUUACCAGGAAACUCGGGACCACUGGAGCUCGAGAUUUUCACCUCAACUGCUGCCAUAACGAAACCCCCGAGUCUUCUUCGUCUCAGGACGAACAGGGACCCCCUCAGGAAGCUGUUCUCAAAGCAAUUUCAGAGGUGUCUAAGACGGAAGGUAGAGUUGGGCAAACGACGAAUGUGAUUAUUGGAGGUACGGUGACUGACGAUUCUACUCGUGAAUGGCUCGCUUUGGAUCAGAAGGUAAACUCGUACCCAACUGUCAGAGGGUUUACAGCGAUUGGAACAGGAGGUGAUGACUUUGUGCAAGCUAUGGUAGUCGCCGUUGAAUCCGUUAUUCAACAACCUAUUCCGGAGGGCCGUGUGAAACAGAAGUUAUCAUCAAGAGGAAAAUAUGUAUCUGUCAAUAUAGGACCUGUUCAAGUCGUUUCUAGUGAACAGGUUCAAGCUGUAUACAACGCCAUGAGGAGAGAUGAUCGGAUGAAAUACUUCUUGUAGUUUGGUUGCUCAUACAUCUGUACAGAACGCAAUUUUCCAGGGCUCUGUAGUUGCCAUCUUAAUUCGUUUAGAUGAUAUUUGUUGAAGUAGUCUGUUCUGGUGCUUUUUUUGUCAAUUCAUAUGAUGGCAAAGUAAGCUUGAGAAUUUGGGGUUCAAAAUCCAUGUACAUGUUCAAGGUGUAUACGGCUAUAAUUAUAUUAUCUGAAACUAGGCUUUACUUAA